UGCUGAGGCCUGCCGUGUCUGUUGCUGUACAUCUGCAUGAUGUGACACCUCAUCACACCGAGUUCUUCCUUUUCUUUGUUAGCUGUUUGGGGGUCUGAGGAAAUGAGAACAAGUGAAUUUGACUCUUCAUCUGAUGAUGAGGAGGUGAAAGAAGAGCAGCUGACUCCCUUCCAAAUUUCCUGGUUGCCUCUGUCCAUAGUUGAAUGCUCACAAUAUCUUGGAAUAUGUGCAUUACCAGGCUGCAAAUACAAAGAUGUUCGCCGGAGUCUGCAAAGAGAUGUUGAUGAGCUCCAGAGCCAGGGGGUGCAGGAUGUGUUUGUUUUCUGCACUAGAGGAGAACUUAACAAGUACAGAGUUCCCUCCCUUCUGGAGGUCUACUGGCAGCGAGGCUUCACAGUUCACCACAUGCCUUUUCUUGACGGUGAUGCGCCUGAGCUGGAGCAGUGCUGCCAGAUCCUGGAGGAGCUGCAGCUCAACCUUGAGAGUGGCAGGAAGACCUUAAUCCACUGCUAUGGAGGCCUGGGACGAUCUGCUUUGAUCGCUGCCUGUUUGCUGCUUCAGCUCUCCUUGACAAUGACGGCUAAUAAAGCCAUGGAGAUCCUCAGAGAGCACAGAGGAGGAGGAGCAAUACAAACUGUGAAGCAAUAUAACUUUCUUCAUGAGUUUCGAGAAAAAUACGCCAUCUACAAAGAGAGCAAAGAGGCUUCCACGGAGCGCUCGGUGUCUCGGUAAUCCUGGAUAAUGUCUGAAUACAUUGAUUUCUUCAGACUUGCUCAGUUGUUUGUUUUUAUUUUUUUCUUGCGUGUUACUUAUUGCAUUCAUUAAAGGAGCCCUAUUA